CGCCCUGUACAACGCAUCGAAGAUAGCGAGACCAAGUCUUUCUCUCUCUGCUCUAUCUCUCUCUGUUCUCCUUCUACGCAGCCUUUCAAACCCUAGAAAUCCUCGAACGCUGAGCCAUAUAAAGCCUUUAGCAAUCGUGAAAAUUCGAGGAUUUUAUGAGCUCGGACGUGGAGCUGGAGUGGUGGAGCUGGGUUUAAUUUGUCAAGAUUUUGUUCGUAUUUUGUGGUUUGCGUGUUUGAAUAACAAAGUUUUCUGUUGAGGUUGUUAUUUGUUUGGAAUUUGGGGUGUUUUUUGAGAUUCGAGAGUCGGUAAAAAAUGUCAUCUUUGAGCAGAGAAUUGGUGUUUCUGAUACUCCAAUUUCUCGAUGAGGAGAAGUUCAAGGAGUCUGUGCACAAACUUGAGAAAGAAUCGGGGUUUUUCUUCAACAUGAAAUAUUUUGAAGAGAAAGUUCAGGCUGGAGAAUGGGAAGAAGUUGAGAAGUACUUGUCUGGAUUUACCAAAGUUGAUGAUAACAGAUACUCAAUGAAGAUAUUCUUUGAAAUAAGGAAGCAGAAAUAUCUUGAAGCACUAGAUAGGCAAGAUAAGGCGAAGGCUGUUGAAAUAUUAGUUGGUGAUUUGAAAGUGUUCUCAACAUUUAAUGAGGAACUAUAUAAAGAAAUCACUCAGCUUCUAACUCUUGGGAAUUUCAGGGAAAAUGAACAGCUCUCUAAAUAUGGUGACACGAAAACAGCUCGCAGCAUCAUGUUGAUUGAACUUAAAAAACUUAUUGAAGCAAACCCCCUUUUUCGCGAUAAGCUUACUUUCCCUACUUUGAAGUCUUCGAGACUGCGGACUCUUAUAAAUCAAAGUUUGAAUUGGCAGCAUCAGUUAUGUAAAACUCCAAGGCCAAAUCCAGACAUUAAGACUUUAUUCACAGAUCACACAUGUACACCUCCAAAUGGUCCUCUUGCAACCACACCUGUCAAUCUUCCAGUUGCUGCAGUUGCAAAACCUGCUGCAUAUGCCUCAAUUGGAGCUCAUGGACCCUUUCCACCCCCUGCAGCUGCUGCUAAUGCUAAUGCUUUAGCAGGUUGGAUGGCCAAUGCAUCUGCCUCUUCAUCUGUCCAAGCUGCUGUUGUCACAGCAUCGUCCAUCCCUGUUCCACAGAAUCAAGUUUCAAUCUUGAAGCAUCCUAGAACUCCUCCGGCGACUCCAGGUAUGGUUGAUUACCAGAGUCCUGAUCAUGAACAACUAAUAAAACGAUUGCGGUCUUCUCAGUCUGUUGAAGAGGUCACCUAUCCAACACCUCGACAGCAAGCUUCUUGGUCACAGGAUGACCUGCCGAAAACUGUGGCUUUUUCCUUGCAUCAAGGAUCCAACGUUACAAGCAUGGAUUUUCAUCCAUCUCACCAUACAUUGCUUCUAGUCGGUUGUAGUAAUGGAGAAAUUACACUUUGGGAACUUGGAUUGCGUGAGAGACUGGUAUCAAAGCCAUUCAAGGCGACUAUCGUCACAGAUGCACCAGUAUCUGUUAGUCGUGUUAUGUGGAGUCCCGAUGGGAAUUUUGUGGGUGUUGCAUUUACCAAGCGUUUGAUUCACUUGUAUGCUUAUUCUGGAUCAAAUGAUCUGCGCCAUCAUUUAGAGAUUGAUGCCCAUGCUGGUGCUGUGAACGACUUGGCUUUUGCCCACCCAAAUAAGCAACUAUGUGUUGUAACUUGUGGAGAGGACAAACUAAUAAAGGUAUGGGAUUUAACAGGACGGCAACUACAUAACUUUGAAGGUCAUGAGGCACCGGUAUAUUCUAUUUGUCCUCACCACAAGGAGAACAUUCAGUUCAUAUUUUCUACUGCUAUUGAUGGGAAAAUAAAGGCCUGGUUAUAUGACAAUAUGGGUUCUAGAGUUGACUAUGACGCUCCUGGACAUUGGUGUACUACAAUGCUUUACAGUGCUGAUGGAAGCAGGUUGUUCUCUUGUGGAACGAGUAAAGAUGGAGACUCUUACCUAGUUGAAUGGAAUGAAAGUGAAGGAGCAAUAAAAAGGACAUACUCUGGAUUUAGUAGAAAGAAGUCAGCGGGCGUUGUGCAGUUUGACACAACACAGAAUCACUUUUUGGCUGCUGGUGAAGAUAGCCAGAUAAAGUUUUGGGAUAUGGACAAUAACAAUGUUCUUGCAAGCACUGAUGCGGAGGGUGGACUUCUGAGUCUUCCUCGCUUGAGAUUCAAUAAGGAAGGAAAUCUCUUAGCUGUUACUACAGCAGACCAUGGAUUUAAAAUACUUGCAAGUGCUGCUGGUCUAAAAACUUUGAAAGCUAUUGAGUCUACAUCUUUUGAAGGACUGAGGCCUUCCAUAGAAUCUACUCCUAUAAAGGUAUCUGGAUCCUCUGCUUUUCCACAUGUUAGUCCAGUCAAUUGUAAAGUAGAAAGGAGCUCCCCUGUUAGAUCUACUCCAAUUCUUAAUGGAGUUGAUCCUAUGGGUAGAAGUGUGGAGAAACCUAGAAGCGUGGACAUAAUUGAUAAAACCAGGCCCUGGCAGUUGACUGAAAUUCUGGAUCCUGUCCACUGCCGGUUAGUUACCAUGCCUGACAGUACAGAUACGUCCAGCAGGGUUGUUCGACUUUUAUACACGAAUUCUGGCGUUGGCAUUUUGGCUCUUGGUUCGAAUGGUGUUCAGAAGCUGUGGAAGUGGGUCCGCAAUGAACAAAAUCCUAGUGGGAAGGCCACUGCCACCGUUGUUCCACAGCAUUGGCAACCAAACAGUGGUCUUCUUAUGACUAAUGAUGUCUCAGGUGUCAACCUUGAAGAGGCAGUUCCAUGCAUAGCGUUAUCAAAGAAUGAUUCAUAUGUAAUGUCGGCUUGUGGCGGAAAGGUUUCAUUGUUUAACAUGAUGACAUUUAAGGUAAUGACAACAUUCAUGCCACCGCCCCCUGCCUCCACCUUCCUAGCAUUCCAUCCUCAGGAUAAUAAUAUCAUAGCCAUAGGCAUGGAGGAUUCUACCAUUCACAUUUACAAUGUUAGGGUGGAUGAGGUUAAAUCGAAAUUGAAGGGUCACCAGAAGCGAAUAACUGGUUUAGCAUUCUCUACUAAUUUAAAUAUCCUUGUUUCGUCAGGUGCUGAUGCUCAACUUUGCCUGUGGAGCAUUGAUACAUGGGAGAAGAGGAAAUCAGUUGCAUUGCAGAUUCCUGCUGGGAAGGCACCUCUUGGUGAUACUCGUGUGCAAUUCCAUUCUGACCAAGUCCGUUUGCUGGUAGUCCAUGAGACGCAGCUAGCAGUAUAUGAUGCCUCCAAGAUGGAUCGCAUCCGACAGUGGCUUCCGCAGGAUGUACUCUCUGCGCCGAUAUCUUAUGCAGCAUACUCCUGCAACAGCCAGCUAAUUUAUGCAACCUUUUGUGAUGGUAACAUUGCGGUGUUUGAUUCUGAUAGCUUGAGAUUAAGGUGCCGCAUUGCACCAUCAGCAUACUUUUCCCAAGCAGUCUUGAAUGGAAGCCAAGCGGUGUACCCACUAGUGGUUGCAGCUCAUCCACAAGAGCCAAACCAAGUAGCAGUUGGGCUGACUGAUGGUUCCGUUAAAGUGAUUGAGCCUGCCGAAUCAGAGGGGAAGUGGGGAACUCCGCCGCCUACGGAUAAUGGGAUGCUUAAUGGCAGGACAGGAUCAUCGUCGACCACCAGCAACCACACACCUGAUCAGAUGCAAAGAUGAAACUCUCUUGAUUUUCAUGGUACAUAGGGUUAGCUGUAUUUUAUUAGUAUAGAAUUUUAGGUCCUCAGGAGCCCAUUUGUCCCUUAUCAAAAAGGUAAGUUCGGACACAAUUGGUUAAAUGUUUAGAGAUACAUUUCUGUACCCUUAAUUUGUUGUAGUCAACUCAUAAUUAAAUUAUGUAACAUGCUUGCCUCCUUAAUGUAAUGAUUCUUUUGCCCAUAAAUUGCAUGUAUAUUUAAUUUUAAUAAUCUUAUUUACCAUAGAAUUUGCUCCUGCUUGACAAAAAAACAUUUGAAUUUUUUUAAUUUUGGAACAAGAAGUCAAUGUUCCUCAGAGUACAGCUUGAAUAUGGAGAAUUUUGAGUUUGUUGUGUUAUACAUGGUGUGUUUGUUUCCGUUGCAAGUGUUUUAUGAUUGUGGUUUCUGAGAACUAUAAAUAUGUUUAGUGAAUAUUUAAAUAUAUUCUGCCUAGUUAAUGCUAAUCCGAGAGCAAGUUGAUCAUGUAUGGUUCGUUAAUCAAUCAAUUCCUUCCCCAGAGAAUGGGG